CAUAUAUAUCCAAACCCAGUGGACCCUAAUCCCUGUACUUUUGAGGAACAUUACAGCGCCCACGCGAAAGCUUUCAAUACCUACCUACAUCAUCACACCACGCCCGCACGUUUAAUGGUCCAACAUGUCUUCUCAAGCUGAACCAAGCGGAGAUCCAUGGGAUAAAGAUACGAAGCGCAAGUUUGAGAAUAAAUCCAAGAGCGAAUUCUUCGAUCCUUGUCAAGAGGCGGCAGCGAAAAGUAUCCGAUGUCUGAACCGGAAUGGAGGAGAUAGGCAAAUGUGCACCGACUAUUUUGAGGCAUACCGUGCCUGUAAAAAGGAAUGGACCAAUAAAAGGAAGAGGGAAGGUGGAAGCAUCUUCUUUGGUCCAUAGUCUAGACUUGAGGUCUACAUGAAAGUCUUGAAUGCGGGCAGACAUUUCCACCUGUGCAAUAUCAAUUGAUAUUUGGGGCCUGAGCUGGUUUAUAGUUUUGCUACCUUUGAUUACCUCUGAGGUACCUACCUAGGUACCUAUAUAAGGAAUAUUUGUAAUAAUAGCUGUAAAACAGAGGACACAAAGGCUACGUGCAUGUAAAAAGAAUAUGGGGGUGUAAUUCACAUAAAAAUGUAUAUGCCGUAGGUUAGGUUGUAAUGGAUUUACGUCGAUUACUAAUCCCCGAGAACUGUAGCGUGAAUUGGGGCCUACAUGUAGGUACUAAUGAACGUAACAUGGCAGGCGCUAGUGUAUCUAGGUACCUAACCUAAGGUAUUACCAUCUUUAUAUAGGGCAAGUGCACAGGCGAG